AUGGCCGUCAGACAGUUGCCGCAGCAUUCAUCGACGGCUGGCAAGAAGAUCAGAACGUUUCCUUAUCAUCCAGCGUCAAACGAUCUAAUCGAGACGUGGCAUUGCACCCUUAAAAGCUCUAUAACCUGCCACGAAGAUGGGAAACAAUGGCUCGACCUAUUGCUUAUAGUACUGCUGGACCUUCGCACAUGCCUGAAAGAGGAUUUGAAAUGCUCUCCAGUGGAGUUAGUCUACGAAAACACGGAGACCUUCGUCAUGACACUUUGUAAACGCAUACGGCAACUCCGUCCACAAUCAACGCAUCACCAUGGAAAACGGACAGCUUUUCGACAGCAGCGAAUAGAACAGUCCAUACACGUUUUCGUCAGGAAAGAUGGCGUCCGAAAAACAUUCCAACAUCUUUAUACUGGACCACACGAAGUGAUACGUAGGGAGAAUGAAUAUAUAUAUGUGAUCCAUAUGAACGGCCAUAACGUAGCUCUAUCGACAGAAAAGCUGAAGCUCGCCUUCUUACCCAAAUACAAAAGAAGUACCUGA